UUCAAGAGGCGAGCCGUCGCGGCUUCGCAAUCGAUAUCUCCCGCUCGAAUCGUUUCGCGUGGCUUUAUCGAAAUGUCGUUUUCAUAUCGGUAAUUGUUAUCCUCUCGACUAAACGCGGACGAUUAUUCUCCUUAAUUAAUUAACGAACCGUGGGACCAGAAGGAAGGGGGGGGGCCUUUAAGGCAACCAGAUGGCCAGGGGGUACGAGCGGGGAGAGGCGAAAGAAAGCUGCCUCCUCCUGGCAGAGAAUUUAUGCGCGGCGAGCGAUACGUAACUCGUCCGACAGAUAUUCGAUAGUCGAGUCUCUUUUAAUUAUUUCCUUGUGCCCGGCGCCGCAGCGCGUCGUUUCCCGCGCGACGACGCAACCGGCGAUUGGAUCGAGCACGAGGUGUGCCUAAGAAGCAACUAGACGAUCAAUCCAACGACGUUUCCGCGACAAAAUAACAGGCCGCUCCUAAAUUAUCGCGAACGAGCGUCCGGUGAUUUCGUACAGGGUAUCCUUCUCUAUUAACGCGGGAAUAAACCGCGACUGUUUAAGCUAUUCGUCAGGAAUUAUCACCGCUUCUUGUCUCCGUUUUUGUUCCAGGUUCGACACCCGUGCAACGUGGAAUUGUAUUUUUCCCGUUUCCCCAACAGGGUUGUUGUACCACCUCGAAACGUCGAUGGGACGAGCCAUUAUACACGAUUCCUUAUCGGAGGUAAGAGGGAAUACACUUUACAAUUUUACCUAUACAUCGGUUUCGAUGUUUGCAUUAUAAUUCCGCGUUUUAUAGGCGUUCGAGGCCCAGAGAACGGAGAGCCCGGCGUGGAAACCGACCGGGAUCCGUGAGUAUAAAUUGAACUUGAUCCCGUUUCUACCUAAAACGUCCCGAGCAAGGAUGGACGGUCCAUUUAUGUAUGGUAUAUUUGAUUGCAGGCCAUUCGAGGAGAGCCAUUUGCGAAGCUGGCGGGAAACAAGAAGCAACCAGGGGGAUAAGAGGCGAGAAAGUAGGGCGAGCAGUGUCUUCGGGUUGCUUUUCUUCUUCUCGAGCCGAGCAGUCCCGCGUUUUUCUUCCACGAACCAGCCGGUCCCAGGUUGCACAGCGGAUCAGCUACGCAAACACACUUGGAGGAGAUACGAGAAGUCCUCUAAUUGCUCUAGUUUUGGAAAUAAUUUCGGUGACAAUAAUUACUGGACUACCCAUUGCGUUAAUCUCCGACGAUUACGACUGAAAUCCUGCAAAUUGAGGAACGUCGUUCAUAUUUCGAACUCUCAACGAUCGCAAUCCGGAUUUUCUGUACACGUUAUAAUUUCAUCUCCGAUUUCGUCGAACGCGAGUCGCAACGUUCCAGAAUGAUUUUCAAGAAACGACUCCGGAUGUUUUUAACAGCAAGCCUGACAUCUGCUCGUCCUACUAGAGUAGUUCUACGAUCAGGUGGCAUCGUUUUGGCAAGCGGGCGCUGAGGCGUCUCGGCACGGCACUGUCCCGAAGGGGUUCGUCGUUGGAGGGGAUGAAGCAGCUGGGGUGGCUGGAGCUACCUCGAACGCGAGCCCGCGGUACCUACACGCUGGGUCUGGGUUUGGCCGGGUCGCGGCGGGUCCUGCGCAGCCAAAGAGACAGAGGCAGAAGCGGAGACAGAGGGUCGAGGCACAGGCACAGGCAGAGGCAGAGGUAGAGGCAGAGGCAGAGGCAGAGGCAGAGGCAGAGGCGGAGGCGAGUAAAAGCGAGCUAGCUGGUAUAGCAAGCAGCCAGGUAGAUCAGCAGGCAAGCAGGCGAGCGAACAGGCACGGACAGCCAGACAGGCAAGCGAAGCAAGCACGACCAAGCACAACCACCGGGCCUGCGAGCCACCCUCGCUCAACCCUACACCCUCGAAUCGCUUCCCCCACCCACCGUCGCCUCGUACACCCCUCUUCUCCGUCGUUCUUCGCACUCCUACUCCUUCCCCUGUGCUUUCAGCCGCCUCGUUCGUCCGUACGUUCGCUCGGUCGGUUCGUCCAGCGGUUCCGUUCUCGUCGCGUCGAGUGGCUGCGUGUUUCAAUCAGACUGUUGGCUCGAUCGUCCGCGGACCAUCCCCGCUAACUCGCUCGGUGUGUCGUCCAUCCUUCCUGGAGCGCCCCCGGAACCGCGUCGCGCUGGCUUUCGUCGCGUUCACGCCGCCCUUCCGUCUGUUUUCUCUCGUCUCGCCCUCGACAGACCGGAGACAGACACAAGGGGUUGAUCAUCCCCAGUGACAAGGUGUAACGGAGGGAGAGAGAAAGAGAGGCGGCUCGUCGCGAUACGAACCCCGGACUCGCACGGCAGAUACGUACUCUGCGUGGAAUCACGGCGGGGAACGACCGUAUCGAAUAUCGUAAAAGUUGUGCUUGUGAUACGCGACCAGUGACGGCAAGAUGACGAUCGGAAGGAGCGACGCCCGUCAGAGGAGGCCUCUGUGACUCCCGAGAUCACGGAGCCGCAGUCACGCCGGGUCUAAGGACACACACGCGCCUCGCAGCGGCUCACCAAGGCUGUCCUCGCAGGGGCGACGAGUCCUGAGUACCUAGGCCGGUCGUUCAACGUGGCCGAUCCUUGGACAUGGUGAGGGGGCAUGUCGAUGUGCCGGCGGUUCCUGCUGAUCGCAGCCGCGAUCACGGUCUCGAUCGAGGCUGGCUCCGCUAGUCAUCCAGGGAUCUCGCCAGGCUAUCCUGGAUAUCCCGGCUUCGCUGUUCGCUCCAGCCUGACGACCUCCGAGUCCCCGUCGAGCGUCGCCGUCACGCCCACGCCAAACCUGGACAAUGUGCCUACCUGCAGACCUUCCGAGUACCUAUGCGGCACAGGAAACUGCGUCGCCCAGGACAAAUACUGCGACGGCGAAAAUGACUGUGGCGAUAAGUCCGACGAGCCGAUAUAUUGCACCCCGUGCAACAGAACCUUGUACGGCGACGUUGGCAGGACCUACAGGGUGGAGGUCCGCAGGCCAAGGGAGGAUCGACUGCCGUUGCUGUGUCAUCUCAACUUCACCGCCGCCGGGUCCGACCUCGGAGACCUAGUUCAGUUGACCUUCGACACUUUCACCGUGGGCCGAUUCCUGUCGUUCACGUCCGAAGGAUGUCCCGACGGCUUCAUGACCAUCCGCGAGGAGAGUCGUCCCCCUACCGGAGGACAAUGGUGCGGGAGCGCAUGGGGAUACACCGUUUAUUACAGCGAAACUGCUUCCAUCAACUUGACCUUGUAUUUGUUGCGGCUGUCCGAGGAGGGUAGCGGCUACAAAAACUUCGACUUCAAAUUGUCGUACAAGUUCCUGAGACGCAGCGAGGCUCAUCUCAGAUACGGGAACAGCAGCAUGUCCACGUGGAGAGGGGAGCUGGUGAACGGCACGUACUGCGAUCGUGUCCUCACCAAGUGCGACACGCGAGCCUGUCGACUUCAAUCGCCGAAUUACCCGGGUGUUUAUCCUAGAAACGUCACUUGCUAUUACCGGGUGGAGCAGAAUCGAGCGCCGUCCGGCCAUCGGGCGUUGCUGGCCGUGAGUCAGCGGAACAGUCAUAAAAUACACAUCAAGGACCAGCUCGCGAAGUACGACGGCAGCCAAAGGGUAUUAAGAGUGUGGGAUCAAUGCAACGUGGUCCAGGAUUACUUGACGGUAUACGACGGAGGAUCGACCUCCGAUAAAGUGUUGGUCAGACUCUGCGGAGGGGACGCCGUGCCUGACAUUGUUAGCAGCCAUAACACGAUGCUCUUGGAAUUUCACACAUCGCCGUACGACAAUCCGUUCCAUCCCGUUCCUUUGUCGUUUCUGCCAGGAUUCGAGCUCGAGGUUCAGGUGAUCUUCGUGGACGAGAAGUCGCGGAGUUUCGUGAAGGAGAACAACAAUUGCGAUUUUUAUAUAUCCAGCGACGAGAGUUCGUCGGGAGCGUUGGAGAAUCCCAAGCACUCGUUGCCUCCGAACACGACGUGCCGCUACCACUUCCAAGGAAAGCCGAACGAGAUCGUCUGGUUGUCCUUCGUCAAGUAUUACGCCGCCAGUGCGGACGCCGCGGCGAGCAUCGACGUUGCGUCCGAUUGCAACGCGAAACUUCUCAUCUGGGACGGUGACCACACCCUAGAUAAAUUAAUUCCCGCUCGUAAGAAUAUUACGCUGAUGGGUCAGUUUUGCAAGGACGACACGCCACGACUAUGCGACCACAGCCUGCUGCGAAACGGGAGCCGCUACACGAGGCCCUGUAGUCUCGCGGAGAGCUACGUGUCGACCGGUAGAGACCUCACCCUGGAACACAUUCUACGUCAAGGAAGUGCACUUUACCCGAUCAGCUUCGUACUGCGAUACGAGUUCGUGCACGAGGCGGUUUCCUGCAACCACGCGUUCGGCUCCGUGUCGACUUCAUCCACGUCUUCCACGUCCUCUUUAUCCUCGUCGUCGUCGUCCUCGCUCUCGUCCUCCGCCAAUUUCGGCAAGUUCGCGUCGCCGAAAAGUGUGUUCUUCUACGGGCGCGGUGGUGCGCAGAACGUUAGCUGUGUUUACCGUUUCGAGGCUGAACCCGACCACAGAAUAGAACUGUCCAUAACGAGAGCCUCGUUCGGGGACAAGGGAUGUUCAUCCUACGUGGAUCCGCUGGUCAAUCGGUGGACCUGCGAUCGCCGCGUAACCGAUUCUACCAAGUACGGCACCUCGGAGCUCGUCGUCUCCGAGUAUCCCUGGCAAGGGGUGGAAUUGGUGCGCGACUGCUUGUGCUCGAACGUAAGCGAAAGAAUCGUCCUGCGAACUCUGACGUCCAACGUGGUCGAGGUUCGAUUCGCCGUGACACUGAUGAACGUCACCCAGGACUACAGGGACUUCUUCUUCGAGGGUGAGUACCGCUUCGUCGCCCUGGAAGGGGAAGCGAGCGAGCAAGUUUGCUCGACGAAGCUCGAGGAACGACGAUUGCGCGGGACCAGCGGAGAAAUCUCUCUGAGAAGCCCUCUUCCACGGAUCAUUCCUGGGGUGGCAGCCGUGGAGGAGAUCCUGGCCAACACGGAGGACCUCACCGCGACCCAGUGCGUCAACGAACCCUGGCUGAUCGAGCCGGAGGACGCGCGUAUUAAUUUCCUGUACCUAAGAACCGCCGGGUACAGCAUCACUUUGGACAACGUCGAGGAAUGCAGGACGUUGAACCGUAUCAUCGUUUAUUCGGCGUCCAACACGAAGGAUCGCAGCGUAAUUUGUCCCGAGAGCGGUAUCAGCCACGACGCCAGGACGGUCGACUUUUUCUCUGGUGGUUGGAACUACACCGCGAUAAACGUCACCGUGGCGAUGACGCAACAUUCCAGAAGCUUUAUCGUCGAAUUCCUUCAAAGGGAGCCCGGCUUCUAUGCCGUCACGUGGAUAGCUAUCUCUAAGCGGUCACCUACUCCAAGCGUCGGUCCAAACGUCUUCACCGUACUACCCCAAGAGGAAUGUCCUUACAGGUGUCCAGAGAUCCAGGCGUGCAUAAGUUCGGUUUUAUGGUGCGACGGCAUCCGUCACUGUCCAUCGGGCUUCGACGAGGAGGAAGCCAACUGUUCGUACCGGUUCAGCGUGACUUUGCUGUACGUGGCCGUCGGGGCCGGUGCGCUGGGUAUAUUCUUGAUCCUGUUGCUCGCCACUGGCUGCCUCAAGUAUUGCCUCUACCGCCACAAGGCGCGCAAGAAAAAGAAGAACGUCGCCGUGAACGUGAACCACCUCCACGUGAAUCACACGCACCACAACAACGGCCUCACCGGAAGUCGCUUGAGCGGGCGCUACAACCUCGCCACGCCGCAGGAGAUGUACCUGGAGAAUUACGGGAAGGACAGUAUUUGUUGACAAUACGCCAUCGCCGAUAUCGAGACCACCGUGUGAAUAAUUGCAGGAUUUUUAAAAUUACACUUACCUCGCAGGGGCCUCUGGAUCCCUCCCGCGGAUGAACUGAACGAGAAGCAGACGAACCGUCGGCUGCUCGUUCCCCCAACCGACAAAAGAAACGUCGACAGACGCGCAGAAAACAUAUACGCAAUAAUCGUAAUUCCGUAGACCAAUUCUCGAAGGCAUUUAACGAACGGGUCCGAGUUGCUGGCGAGUAUCAGCGACGAUCCACGGUACGCUUCAAUCGUCGUUCGUGUCUCAGAAUUCGCGAACGUGUCGCGUGUUCAAAGAUACCGUUCCGAAAGAAACAAGGUGAGUCCUUUUGCAGCAGCACCUGUUCGCUUCCGAACGUACCGUCAACCUGCGUUUCUGGUUUUACGGUAUUUCAACACGUAUCGUGGAUUUUUCGGUUAGGCGAAACGUAGAUCGAAUCGCGCGAUGCUCGCGCGUAUGGUUUUCGCGAGGAAACCGCGGUAUCACAGUAGCUCUAGGAACACACGUUAGGUUAAAAGCGGUGAAGACGGAGAGCGUGUAGAGCGCGACGGGUUCAAAUUAAAGAAACGAAACGAAGAGUAAAAGAUAUAGGAGGGAGGGGGGGGGGAUGCGAAACGCAAGUAUAUGCUUUUAAAACGAAGUAGGAAACGAAAUUUGCAUCGGGAGAGAGAAUUUUAUCGCGGUCGAGUGCCGAAGGAGAGUGCCGCAAACGUCCACGAUGGUAAACGACGACGGUGAACAGAAUUUUUGGCGGGAAUACGUGGGGAAACGACGACGGCGCACGAGUCGAGAGUCACGCGAUACGAAUCGAUACGAAUCGCAUGCGAACGUCGGGGGAUUAAAAGCGAAACUACUGUGAUUUACACUCGAAACGAGAGAAAGAUAAAAAAAAAAGUAAACGCUCGAGAUCACGUGUCACGAAAAAUAUGUAAAAGAAAAAAAAAUCGUAAAAAAAAAGAAGAAGAAACAGGAAGAUAAUUUCGACCGACGUUUGUCACUUUCAAAGUCUGUUUUACUUUAUAAUUUUAUAAUUGUCGUACGACUGUCCGAACGACGCUAUUCAUACGCGAUUUAUCCUAAGAAUUGUUACGACCAUAAAAUCGACCACGUGUUUAUCACCGACCCUCCCGUUCCAUCACAUUAUCGAAUCGAUCGGGGUGUAGUCUGCGUCGAUCCGUCGAUCGAUUCCGCCGUUUUUAUAAGAGACGCGCAACCAGCACGUUCGUUAACGCGGGAGCGUAGCGGCGCCCUCGUGAAUCGCCAUUACGUAUUCGCUGCCGAUGGCGAUGGAUCGAGCUCCAGACAAAGAGAUUAUACAGAUUACUAUAUAAGAAAUUAUAUAUCUAUGUAAUUAUAGCUAUCGUUAUGUACGUAUCUAUGUAAUCUCUUUGGUUCCAGACGAUUACGAGCAGAGCUGGGCACAGGGCCGGCGCCCCGAUGCAACUUCCAAUUUAGACGUCCCCUUCUAACUAAUGUUACGCGAAUUGAACAUAAACGAAACCUGGGUUUAUAUUAACAUGUAUCGAACAAGAUGUAAUAACACUUUGUUACAUAACAAUAUUAUUGCACAAAUUAUCAAGUGUGGACAGUCUUGUUUAAAACUUAUUUUCCUCGCUCUUAAACUAGGAAUCUCGUUGAUAAUUAUAUCCGUCGCUCUGCGAAGCUACACUCGAGCACGAUUGCGUUCACCCUUGUCGAUUAAACGAUUUUUCUAUUCCUUCGAAGAAGCGCUCCAUCGUUUACCGCUACGCGAAGCCGGCCCUGUCUGGGCAAACUGUAUUUCAAAUUCGAUCGAGGCGUAAACGUUUCGAAAUAACAUUUACCAGUUAUUUAGAUUUAAACAACUAUCGACUCAUUUGAGAUAAGAGCAUUUUUAAACGUGAUAAUUUAUUCGAAUAAAAUCGUUUCACUCUUUUUCUUUCUUUCUUUCUUUUUUUUUUUUUUCAUUUCGAUCGACACAGAAAUAAAGCAACAUGUUCAAGACGACGAAUCGAAUAACAUUGUUUCGGGGGUGCCCAGAUCCGAUUAUCCAAACGCUACUAUAUACAGGGCUUAACUAACUCGAGUCACUUUGAGGACGAACCGGGAAGUCCUUAGGGGCUAAACAAACUCCGGACGCCGGAUAUCCUAUGCUCCUGCAUUAAACUGAGAUCCUUGCCUAUUCAGAUUUCGUAAGUAAAUAACGUUUAUCAAAGAUGAUACGACAUAUAGUUAAAUCACACAUGUAACCUAGGUUUGAUAUCGACGCGCGAGGCUUGUGACUGGGACGUAGAGAUCGAUGUAUAGUUGAUUAUCGUUUAAACGUGCGCGAAAACGAGAGAAACAAUGGGCAAACAGAAACGACACAACGCGGUACAUUGUAACCUCCCCCCUUGUUACGAAUGUGUUGACUAUUAAAGGCACGCGUGCGAGGAGAGGAUUCACAUUUACAUACCCACGUACAUACAUACACACAAACAGAUACGUAUGGUAAAAAGAAAAAAAAGCGCGUAUAACUUACGUCUGUAUGCUGUGAUAGAAGUAAGCGUAUCAACAAUCGGAAAUAAAUUUCUCGCGUGAAAUUGGUUUCGAUUGCGUGUACCCUCCGAAUCCCAUAAUCGAAUCUAGACGUAGAUCCCUUCGGUUGCUCCUCGAACAUACCCCCUAUCGAUCCUGUACUUUUAAUUUUAAUUUAAAAAAAAAAAAUAACAAUUAAGAAUAAUUACACAUGUGCCUCAACGUUUCCGAGGAAGUUGAGGUCGCUGUUACAGUUUCUAACACUCUCUCUCUCGACCUUCGAAACUAACAAGCACAGUGGUUCAGUCUUAUUUACUCUCACUGCCCGACCACAUCUUAAGAAGAACGUUACUUCUGAAGACCAAUGUCGGCCAGCUAUGAAUAUCGUAGCGCGAACGAACCGUUCGAUGUGGGUCAGCUGUCGCAGCAACAAUUUCUCCAAGUUCACCGAAAUACGUUCCCUUUGAUACAGCGACGACCCUCGACCUUCUCCUUUUUGAUUUUUAUCUCGUCUGGAAAUCUCGAAUGUCUUUUCUUCGCGUGGUCCUCUUGAAUUUUCGUCUUUCACGAAAUUAAUGUUUGCCGAAGAAACACCGCGCUGGAAUCCUGUACAAACGACGAUCGCGAUAAUGCAAAUAGUUCCGAGUACGCUGGUUAAUCACGAAAAUAGAAUAUGGAUGCGUGAAAUCCUGCGGUCAUCGAGAAACAUCCAUCUCGAUCCAUCCAUAUUCCAGCCGUAAUUUAAGUUUGUCGAUCUGACGUGCUUUGUCUUCGGAGCUUCGUUGAUUUUGAGACUGGCACUCCGCUCCGCGAUGAAUCUCAUGAAUGUUAAUAUGUCUAGUUACGGACAAAGAGUUAUUCACACUUCAACGUUUGUCGUAUAAGCGUUACUACUUCUGUUUUUAUUUUCUAUAAAUUGACGAAAUAAAGGAAAGUAUGUUCGUGUUAAAAAUACACCGAAAAAUCCAUGUUCACUUACCGGC